GGUGUCAGCGGAGAUGUCGGCAGGUGUGUUAAUCCUGGGUAUCAUCCUCACAGCUUCACCAGGAACUCAAAGCAGGUGGAGUGUGUCGUUUUCACGCAGGGAGAUCUGCGUGUGGGCAGGGACCACGGUCACUCUGCCCUGCCGGUAUGACUACCCGUCAGGUCACAGCGUGAAGCGAGUCAUGUGGUUUCGUGUGUCGGCUGAGGGUCGCCGGGAGUUCGCCCACCACACCGAUCCCAGCCACGUCAGCCUGUCCUACCGCGGACGCACACGGUACAUCGGGGGCAGCUACUCCAGCUGCUCGGUGCAGGUUCGGGGGGUGAAGCUGAGCGACGCUGGUCAGUACCACUUCAGGUUUGAGACGGACCAGCCGCUGGGACGGUGGACGUCUCCUGACACCAUCAGUCUGGCUGUUACAGACCUGCAGGUGCAGGUGCAUCCAGCCAGGCCGGCCAACAUGUUUGGGUUUGGAGAGACAGUGUUUGUCGGCUGCCAGGCCAGAGGGUGUGCCGCUCCGGGGAGAAGCCUUGCACUCUACAGGAACGGCUUGAACCUGGGGUCCUAUGAGAAGUGGAUGAUUAUCAACCGCUUUGAUCAGCAACACGUCGGAGAAUACACCUGCCGGCCGAUCCCACCACAGAACGUCCAGUCGCCGUCCCUCUCUCUGGCUCUGGGGCACGCCCCUCGCUCCACCCUCAUCGCGGCCUUCCCUUCGGUGGCGGUGUCGGAGGGUGGCUCCGUCACUCUGACCUGCAGCAGUGACGCCGCUCCGCCUGUGGAGAGCUUCGCGUGGUUCAAAGACAUGGAGAGCGGCAGCAUCCCGGACAGCUUCCGGCCUCAGCUCCAUCUGCCUCGCCUCCGACACACGGACGGGGGAGAGUACUUCUGCGUGGCGCGGAACUCGCUGGGGACCGACCGCUCCAGACCGCUUCUCCUCAACGUCACAUAUGCUCCGAAGAACACCCGGGUGCUGGUGCGUCCUCCUGGAGACGUCAGGGAAGGCUCCUAUGUGAACCUGAGCUGCGUCAGCCAGGCACAGCCUGCGCCCAGCAGGUUCUCCUGGUAUCGUAUCCUGGGUGAGCAGGUGAUAGCAAAGGGUGCGUUUCAGAACCUGACCUUCCUGUCCGUGCGCGCUCACCAUGCGGGCCAGUACUACUGCACGGCGUCCAACCCGUUAGGAUACCAGAGCUCUCCUGUGGCCACGCUCACGGUGCUCUACCCUCCGAAGAACACCUCGGUCCUGGCGCGUCCCUCCAGCGUGCUGGAGGCCGGCCAGCCUCUGACGCUGACCUGCAGCAGCCAGGCCUACCCGGCCGUGGACAACUUCACGUGGCACCGCUUAGCGCUGGACGGGGGCUCUGUGCAAUCGUGGGGCUCCAGGUCGGGGCCGGUCUUCACCUUCUCGGAGGUCGGGCCCGGCGAGAGCGGCCAGUACUACUGCGAGGCCAGGAACCGGAUCGGAGCGCACAGCUCGCCCGUCCUCACCGUCCGGGUGCGAGGUCGUCUGAAGGUCAUCGCCUUGGCUUCAGCAGUGGGCGUUUCAGCCGGACUCAUCACUCUCACAGUGGCCAUCAUGAUCAGUAAAAACAUGCACAGAGUGGACCUGGAGUCCGCAGAAGUAGCAAACAAGCGUCCAUCGCUGACAGCCGACACCCUCUUCUACGAGUCGGCCCCGCAGCCGUUCCCAGCGAGGAAGGGCAAGAUGUCCGACAUCCCGGAGGAGCCGGAGGACUCCAGUGAAGGCUCCCAUCCCUCCAUCGUCCCUCUGAUGGACGCUCCUCCGCUCACACCCGCUGAGAGUCGCAGCUCUAAAUACAUCACCGUCCACUACUCCAAGCUGUCCAGCACGGAUCAGGUGCAGAUACACAACCUGCCACCAGGUGGGGAUAAGAAACCAAAGGACUCCUCCAGAGUUGUUUACACUUUACUGCCCCAGCAUCAGCACUGA